ACAUCCCACCGCCAGCAGCUCAGUCCGCUCAGUAUCAGAGAACAGCCGAUCAGCUCUAAACAAACAGGUCAUGUUAAUACAGACAGGAUGAGCUCCACAGAAGAUGUUAUAAUGGCGAUUCCCAGAGAGCUCACACAAAACCCACUGCGAAAAAUAUGGAUGCCAUGCAAGAAUGGGCUACCGGAAAAACACAUUUCUCAGAAAAGAGUUUGCAUGACCAACUGUCCCACUCUCAUUGUGACUGUUGGCCUGCCAGCGAGAGGCAAAACCUACAUUUCUAAAAAACUCACACACUACCUCAACUGGAUUGGUGUACCAACAAAAGAAUUCAAUGUGGGACAGUAUCGGAGGGAAUGUGUGAAAAUCUACAAGAGCUUUGAAUUCUUUCGCCCUGAUAAUGAGGAAGGGCUGAAGAUAAGAAAGCAGUGUGCUUUGGCUGCACUCAAUGACGUCAGACAGUACCUCAGUGUUGAGGGCGGCCAGGUUGCUGUGUUUGAUGCCACAAACACAACCAGAGAAAGAAGGGCCACCAUCACAAGAUUUGCAGAACAAAAUGGCUAUAAGGUGUUUUUUGUGGAGUCUGUGUGUGAAGACCCCAGCAUUAUUGCAGAGAACAUUGUGCAGGUGAAGCUAGACAGUCCAGACUACACUGACUGCAACACCGAAGAAGUCAUCCAGGACUUUAUGAAGAGGAUCAAAUGCUAUGAGAAGAGCUACCAGCCACUGGAUGAAAACCUGGACAGAGAGUUGUCAUACAUUAAAAUCAUGGACGUGGGUCAGCGGUAUCUGGUGAACCGUGUACUCGACCACAUCCAGAGCAGAAUCGUUUAUUAUCUGAUGAACAUCCACAUCACCCCGCGCUCCAUCUACCUCUGUCGACACGGAGAGAGCGACCUUAACGUCAGAGGUCGCAUCGGAGGGGAUUCAGGCCUGUCGCCCCGUGGUAAAGAGUUCGCUCAGUGUCUAGGGAGGUUUAUACAGGAUCAGAAUAUAAAGGAUCUCAAGGUGUGGACGAGUCAGAUGAAGCGGACCAUUCAGACCGCUGAGGCGCUGGGUGUACCGUAUGAACAGUGGAAAGCCCUCAAUGAGAUUGAUGCUGGUGUUUGUGAGGAGAUGAUGUAUGAGGAGAUCCAGGAACAUUAUCCUCUGGAGUUCGCCCUCAGAGACCAGGACAAAUAUCGCUACCGUUACCCUAAAGGAGAGUCUUAUGAGGAUCUUGUCCAGCGAUUGGAGCCAGUCAUUAUGGAGCUUGAGCGGCAGGAGAAUGUGUUGGUCAUUUGUCACCAGGCUGUUAUGCGCUGUCUGCUUGCUUACUUCCUGGACAAGAGUGCAGAAGAGCUGCCGUACCUGAAAUGCCCCCUACACACAGUCCUGAAGCUUACUCCUGUGGCCUAUGGCUGCAAAGUGGAGUCGAUCUAUCUUAAUGUGGAGGCGGUUAACACACACAGAGACAAACCGGAGAAUGUGGACAUUUCCCGUCUGUCAGAGGAGGCUCUUUUCACUGUUCCAGCCCAUUACUGAACUAUGAUGUCACAUCCUGUACAUCAGCAGCACUCCAUUAGGCUGCUCCAUCCAUUUUUAUGUGACUCCUCUCAAUGGUUUCUGAGUGUUUAGAAACGCUGGGCAGAAAGUCAGUUAUGAGUCCUGAAGGUGAGCAUCUUUAGGCCUCAUAUUUGUAUUAUCCUCUUUUCUCAAUUACCACAUAGGUGACUGGAAUCCAGUUAUUGAUUAAUAACCCUAGUGUUGGGGUGCGAGUGUGUGUGUGCGCAUACACACAUGUAGGUCUGUGCCAGCAAUAGAGGCUGCCGUAUAGCAGAUUUGAAGGCGGUUCAAGUUUUCUUACAAUAAUUUUCUACUGAAGAUUUU